AUGCUCAUCUCCUUGCUGGCACUUGGCGCGUUGGCGCUGGGCGUGCCUGCACUCAUGCCCAAAGAGACCUUCUACCCGCCCACCCUCAACGACACGUCCUACAUCACCAACAGCUCUCUGAGCCUCUAUGGCGGCAUCUACUCUGCCCCCGCCGACGAGGCCACCGCCGGCUCUCCCUAUGGCGUGUACGAUUACUGCUCUAUGCCCCAUCCUUGCGUCGACGAGUACCAGCUGCCACAGCCGCUGCAAUCCGGCCAAGUGAAAGGCAAGCUCGUCUAUCUCGAGUACCUGCAGCGCCAUCAGCGUCGCACUGCGUACAAUAUCCUGCCUGGGGGUGAGAACCAACCGUACAACUGCGACAAUAUUCUCCCCUACCUCUACGCUGCGCCUCAACAUGGCACUGCACCGCUGCCCGUCUACGCGCAGACGUACACCGAUCCGACCAACCCCUUCGUCAGCAGCUACGUCAACGGCUCCUGUCAGUUCCCCCAGCUGACUCUCGGUGGUCUGCUCGAUGGGAUCCAGCAUGGCCGCGAUCUGUGGGCGGUUUAUGGAGAGAAGCUUGGCCUCAUCCCGCCUCAACCGGACGAUCGCGUCUGGUUCCGCUCCAGCUCAUCUCCUCUGACCCAGCAGAGCGCAGGCGGUGUUCUACGUGGCAUCUGGCCCGACUAUCAGGGCUCACUGCCUCUUCACCAGCAGACUUCUGCCGUUGACACCGUCAACGAGGGCUACUCCUGCAGUGCGCAGGGGGCUAUCUUGUCUGCCAUCGAGUCGACUGCGGAAUGGAAAGAGCAUCUCGAUGUGACGGCAGACCUGCGUAGUGCCCUGGGAAGCAUGCUGGGCGCGACGUCCAGUGCGUGGCAGUCGACCUUUGACCACUUUUCCGACAACUUCCAGGCCCGGCUCUGCAACGGCUAUGAAUUGCCCUGCAAUUUCAAAAACCACAGCGAGUGCGUCACCGCUGCCCAGGCCGCCGAGGUGUUCCGGGCGGGCGACUGGGAGUGGAACUACUACUGGCGUACCAACCCCAACGUGACGGAAUACAUUCAGGUCGUCGAGGGUCUCUUCAUCGGGGAGAUCGUGAGUCGCCUUGAGGCAGUCCAGCAGGGCAAGUCGAACUUGGUCUACAGCCACAUCUUCAUCCAUGAUGGCGAUAUCGGACCCGUGUUGGGCGCACUCGGCAUUACCGCGCUGCGCUGGCCGGCCAUGGGUUCCAAUAUUGCCUUUGAAAUUUGGGAAAUAGAUGAUCGUAGCAAUCCGUUUUAUGCCCGGGUGCUGUACAGCGGACAGCCCAUCGAGACGAUCCACGGCACUCUCGACUGGCUUCCCCUGUCGCAGCUGAUCAGCAUUCUCAAGGUUUUUGUUCCGGAUGACAUUGUCGCCCUGUGUAACGCAUAG